CUCUAUAUAUUCAUUAGUCCCCAAACACUUGACUUCAUCCUUGCAUAGAAAAUGGCCAAACUAUGUUCUCUUCUCUUUUUUCUCUCACUCUCACUAAAUUUCCACUUCUUCAUUUCUUCAGCUAAGACUAGAAAAAACAUCACCACUGAUGAAUCAUCACUUCUUGCAUUCAAAUCAUCCAUUACUUUAGACCCUAAUAAUCCUAUGGUUCAUAACUGGUCAACAUCCUCUUCUUUAUGCACUUGGGUUGGUGUCAUAUGUGAUGAACACCAUGGUAGAGUCCAUACUUUGAAUCUUAGUAAGAUGAGACUUAAAGGGACUAUUUCACCACAACUUGGAAACCUCUCGUUCCUUGUUAACCUUAAUCUUCAAGACAAUGGUUUCACUGGUGAAUUGCCACAAUCGUUGUUUCGGUUGCACCGGUUGAAGUUUCUUGAUCUGAGUUAUAAUUUCAUCCAAGGCAAUCUUCCAUCAAAUAUUUGCAAAAGGCUUCUAAAAGUUACAAUGCUUGAUCUUUCUCAUAAUAAAUUUUCCGGUGACAUGCCUACUGUUUGGCAUCAAUGUGAAAAUUUGGAAAGUUUAUCAUUAUCCUUCAAUGGUUUCAACAAAGGCCCAAUGCCACAAGACUUGGGAAACUUGAGCAAGCUUCAUUACUUAGACCUUAGCAGCAACAACUUGGAGGGUGAGAAAGGCCCAAUGUCACAAGACAUGGGAAACUUGAGCAAGCUUCAUUACUUAGACCUUAGCAGCAACAACUUGGAGGGCAAUCUUCCUUCAAACAUUUGCAAAAGGCUUCUAAAAGUUAUAGUGCUUGAUCUUUCUGAUAAUGAAUUUUCUGGUGAUAUGCCUACUGUUUGGCAUCAAUGUGAAAAUUUGGAAAGUUUAUCAUUAUCCUUCAAUGGUUUCAACAAAGGCCCAAUUCCACAAGACAUGGGAAACUUGAGCAAGCUUCAGUAUUUAGAUCUUAGCAGCAACAACUUGGAGGGUUCAAUACCAGAGGAGAUUGGCCAUCUUGAUAAACUCAAUAACCUAAAAUUGACAAACAAUGGCUUGACUGGACCUAUUGCUUUGAAACUCUUCAACAUUUCAUCAUUGAGGUACUUGUAUCUUGGAAACAAUUCUCUCUCAGGCGUUCUUCCGUCGGACAUGGGCCGUGGCUUACCGAAUUUGGAAGAUCUACAAAUGUCUGGAAACAUGUUUGCUGGAAACCUUCCACAUGGUUUAGCCAAUGCUUCUAAGCUCACUGAAAUAGACUUUAGGAAAAAUGAAUUCAGUGGAAUGAUACCAAAUGUCUUUGGUGGUUUAAAACUCCUUGAAUGUCUCCACAUAGAUGACAAUCAUAAUUUGAAACUAGAUGAUUCCUUUGGUUUCAACUUCCUCACUUCACUCACAGAUUGUAGACAUUUGAAAUAUUUCUCUGCACAAAGAACUAGAUUUUCCAAACUCCCCAAGUCAAUUGGAAACUUAACUGUGCAAUAUUUUUGGGCAGAUUCUUCGAGAAUCGGUGGUAAUAUUCCAUUGGAAAUCGGAAAUAUGAGCAACCUGAUUCGGUUAUCUCUUACGAUGAAUGAUUUCAAUGGACCGAUUCCGCAUACAAUUAGAGGGUUACAUAACCUUCAGUCUUUGAAUCUCGACAAUAAUGGACUACAAGGAUCCAUUGGUGAUGAGGUUUGUGAACUUAGGAGUUUGAAUACCUUUCAUCUAUCAAACAAUAAGCUUUCUGGAGUGUUGCCUUCAUGCUUGGGAAAUAUGACUUCUCUUAGAUAUAUUCACAUAGCAUCUAAUAGCUUGAUCUCGAAGAUACCUUCCUCUUUUUGGAGUCUCACAGAUCUCUUGGAGGUAGACUUAUCCUCCAAUGCUUUCGAUGGAAGUCUUCCACUGGAAAUCGGUAAAUGGAGAGCAAUUACACUAUUAGAUUUGUCGGGAAAUCAAAUUUCAAGCAACAUUCCUGAUAUCAUAGGUUCAUUACAAAGUUUGCAGAUUCUCUCCCUGGCAAAUAACAAGUUGUAUGGAACGAUUCCCACAUCAGUUGGUGGAAUGUUUAGUUUGAAAUUCUUGGAUUUGUCGCGAAAUCUUCUUACUGGUGUGAUUCCAAAAUCGUUAGAGUCACUUUCCCGUCUUAAAAGUAUCAACUUUUCAUACAAUAUGUUACAAGGAGAGAUUCCUGAUGACGGACAGUUCAAAAAUUUCACAGCUCAAUCUUUCAUGCAUAAUGAAGGGCUUUGCGGUAACCCUCGCCUACAAGUACGUUCAUGUGAUAAACAUGUUAGGAGAAGGUCGAUCGCGAAGAUGUUAUUAAUCAAAUGCAUGUUGCCUAUAAUUGUGUCUGCAAUUUUGGUUGCUGGAUGUAUAAUACUUGUACUACGUAAAAGGAAAAAUGUUGAAAAUCGGCUUGGAAAAGAUUUAUCGACUAUAGGUGCUCAUAGAAGGUUUUCCUAUUACGAACUUGUGCAAGCAACUAACGGAUUCAGCGAAAGUAACUUACUUGGAAAAGGAAGCUUUGGAUCUGUGUAUCAAGGGAUGCUUUCUAGUGGGGAGAUAGUUGCAGUUAAAGUUAUUGAUUUAAACUUUGAAGCAACAUCAAAGAGUUUUGAUGUAGAAUGCAAUGCAAUGCGCAAUCUACGACAUCGGAAUCUUGUUGAGAUUAUUAGUAGUUGUUCGAAUGUUAAUUUCAAAUCCUUGGUGAUGAAGUUUAUGCCAAACGGAAGCGUGGAAAAAUGGUUAUACUCAUAUAACUAUUGUUUAGAUUUCUUGCAAAGGUUGAACAUAAUGAUCGAUGUUGCUUCUGCACUGGAGUAUCUUCAUCACGGUUCUUCAAUACCAGUGGUUCAUUGUGAUCUGAAACCUAGUAAUGUUUUACUAGACAGACACAUGGUUGCACAUGUUAGCGAUUUCGGCAUUGCCAAGCUCUUGGAUGAUGGUCAAUCCGAAAUUCAUACCGAGACUUUAGCUACUCUAGGCUAUGUUGCACCAGAGUAUGGUUCUAAGGGUGUUGUUUCUGUUAAAGGGGAUGUAUACAGCUUUGGAAUUAUGCUUAUGGAGAUGUUUACAAGAAAGAGACCAACAGAUGAAAUGUUUACAGAAGAAUUAACUUUGAAAACAUGGAUCAGUGGAUCAAUGCCAAAUUCAGUUAUGGAAGUUGUGGAUUCAAAUUUGGUACAGCAACAUGAAAAAACAAUUCAUGACAUUGUGUUUCAUAUAUCAUCUAUUUUCGCUUUGAGCUUGAGUUGUUGCGCAGAUUCACCCGAGGAGCGAAAUAACAUGACAGAUAUCACUGCAUCAUUGAUCAAAAUCAAGACCUUAUUCCUCCAAGAAAAAGGAAUUGAAGAUGUGUAAUUUUGCUUAUGAAUUUGUGAACUUUCCUUUGUCCCUUUACUUCUCAAUGAUCUUUGAAUCAGGUUGUAAUAUAAAAUAAUGGCAAGUUGUUGACAGAACCGAUAAUAAUUAGACAAAAUGAAUAAAUUUGUUGGUGUUCAACACUGACACAGACACGCCUUUUUCAGA